GAGAUGAGCACCAACCCCCAGAGUCGAACAUGACUGGACUUAACGUCAGGGAAAACCUUUACCUUUACCUACUUGACCCCAAGCACCUGUUCCAUUGUUUCCUGUUGAGCCAAAGGAUUUGGGCAAAUGAAACAACCCAACACAGCAAUUUGGAAACAUAGAUCUGAACCUUGACAGGUUCACAUUCUUUUGCCUUCGGUGCUUGUAGGACAAAAGGCAAAAGGCAGGGCCAGCUUUUAAUUUCUCCGCAACGAUACAGCACUGCCUUCAGAAGUUACGCAUUGACAGUAUUAUUGGAUUCAAAGUUCCUUCCCGAUAUUGCCAACUGGAAACACAAUCGCCAAGGAGAGAAGUACCUGCAGAAAGCAAGUUCUUCAAUCUUUGGAGACUUUGUUUGCUCAAUCUCUUCAGAGAAGAAGGGCUUCUUAUUCCUGGAAAGUCAGGCUGUGUUCCCUUCCCCUGGCUCUGGCUGCGUGGCUCAAGCAUUCUGAUCUCAGGACUGGCAAAAACAGCUGGCUCCCUGCCGAUGGAUUUCAUUGCAGGAGCCAUUGGAGGCGGAGUUAGUGCUGCAGUUGGUUAUCCACUGGACACCAUAAAGGUGAGGAUUCAGACUCAGGCAGGCUACCGUGGAGUAUUGCACUGCAUCUUGGACACAUACAGAACUGAAAGCGUGCUAGGUUUCUACCGUGGUGUGUCAAUGACAGUUGUAAUGGCAUCAUUAAUUUCAUCUCUUUCAUUUGGCAUCUACAAAAACUUCCUGUAUAAUAUCUGCAGAUUGCGAUAUGGUUCUGCAAAUAGCAAGCCAUCAAAGCUGGAUAUAUCUUUUGCUGGAGCUGCUACUGGCGCUGUUCGGGUUCUGCUGAUAGCGCCUGCUGAAAUUGCCAAAGUAAGAUUACAAAUCCAAAAAGACCCAUUUCCCUCAACUGCAUCACCCCAUCUCCUUGCUACGAAGCCUAAGUACCAAGGCGCUAUGCAUUGCUUGAGGACAAUUGUGAAGGAAGAAGGUCUUCGGGGUCUAUACAGAGGGUCUUUGGCUCUACUAUAUAGAGACUGCCAUUCUUCUGCAAUGUAUUUCCUUUCUUAUUCUGUCCUGUGUGACUGGCUUACUCCGGUUGGCCAAGACAAACCAGGUAUGUGGGCCGUACUUCUUUCUGGAGGCUCUGCUGGAGUGCUGGCCUGGGGCGCAGCAACCCCCAUGGACGUCCUUAAAUCCAGGAUGCAAGCAGAUGGUGAGGGGCAACGUAAAUAUUCAGGACUAAUGCACUGUGCCCGGGAUAGUGUAAGGAAAGAAGGCCUGAGAGUGCUUUUCAAAGGCCUUGGACUGAACUCGCUCCGUGCCUUCCCUGCAAACAUGGUGAUUUUCUUUACUUACGAAGCUGUCCUUCGGCUUGGAGAACGUUUACUGAAAUAAAUGGAGUUAACACUCUAUAAAUAUCAAAAGUGGUUGUUAUUUCCUCUUGGAAUGAGAUUGAUCAAGAUGCUCAAGUAAUUUCUUUUCAAAAAACAUGUCCAUGUCAUGAGAAAUUGUUUGUGUGCCUGAGAAUAAACAAGAUGUCUAUCAAAUCCUUCCCCACAA